AUGGCUGAACCUAAAACUGAAUGCCGGAAUGCCGGUCCGGGCGCCGGUGCCGCUUCCGUUUCCGCGCCCGCCCCGAGUCCCGAUCCCGGUCCGGAGCCCCUCACUCUCCCGCUCGGGGAAGCUGCCCCGGCCGAGGUCUACAGCAUCUUCACGCGCAAGGAGAAGUGGUUCAUUGUGGGCAUGGUCGCCGUUGCGGGCCCCCUGCCGGCCAACAUCUAUCUCCCCGCCAUCCCGAAGCUCUCCGAGGCCUUUGGUCACUCGGUCGAGGACCUUAACCUGACAGUGACGGCGUUCUUGGCCAUGCAGGGCAUUUCACCGAUGCUUUGGGGUCCUCUAUCCGACCGCUACGGUCGGAGGCCCGUCUUCCUCGUCUGUCUGACUGUGCUGAUAGGGGCAUGCGCGGGCAUCGCUGUCAUCCCCACCAAUGCAUUCUGGCUCCUGAUCGUCCUCCGUUGUCUGCAGGCCGCAGGCUGCGCCAGCACCAUCGCCUUGGGUGCUGGUGUCAUUGGUGAUAUCUCGACACCCGAGGAAAGGGGCGGCUUUUUUGGCAUGUUCAACCUCGGCCCGAUGAUAUCGCCUUGCAUAGCGCCUGCUAUCGGCGGUGCCUUGUCAGAUCAGCUCGGCUGGCGGUCCAUUUUCUGGUUCCUCAUCAUCAUGGCCGUUUGCUGCCUCCUGUUCAUCCUCCUCUUCCUCCCAGAGACGCUCCGCAACCUCGUCGGCAACGGCAGCGUCUCCCUCGGCGGCGUCUACGUCCCUCUCCUCCCUGUCGUUGGACGCUCCCGGAGGAAGAACAGGCCGGCAGCUCGCUCGAAAGCCGGCGUCCGGCCUUCCAUCAACCCCUUCGUCAUCCUUGUAUACCCGGACGUCGCCAUCACCCUGACCUUCACCGGCAUCGUCUACGCCGUCAACAACACCGUCGUGACGACCAUCGCCUCUUCCUUCGCGCGGGUGUACCCGUGGCUGUCCGAGACGGCGCUGGGCCUGUGCUACCUGCCCACCGGCUUCGGCAUGAUCGUCGGCAGCACCCUGACCGGCAAGAUUCUCGACUGGGACUACGCCCGCAUCAAGAAGCGCGUCGAGGCAUCCGACGGCGCUUGCCCGUUCCCCAAGGAGUAUGCCCGCAUGAGGACCAUGCCGAUACUCCUGGUGCUCUUCUCCGGCGCUGUGAUAGCGUGGGGCUUCUGCGUUGACAACGGCGUGCACAUCGCUGUGCCUUUGGUGAUACAGGUGGUUUUGGGUUACACCUCCAUCUCCAUCCUUAAUACUACGAUGACCUUGAUGAUCGACAUCCUGCAGACGAGAAGUUCUUCGGCAACGGCGUGUACCAACCUCGUGAGAUGCCUCCUCGCCGCGUUACUAGUAGGCCUAAUCGAUAGAAUGACCUCUGCGCUGCGCAUCAGCUGGACUUAUGUCCUGCUGGGCGGGGUCUGCGCUCUGCUUUUGCCGCUGAUGUACAUUGAGAUGAAGGUCGGACCCAAGUGGAGGAUGAAGCGGGAUCUCAAGUCUGUAGAUGAUUGA